ACGGGGGAGCCCGCCCCGUUUUCGCUGUGCCACAUCUUCCACACAUAUCUUCGCCUCACACACUUGCCACACAUUAUUCAAAGCCACCUCUUCUUCUCCACUUCACAUCUUGCUCUUGCCUUUGCCACACCCACAUCUACACUAGACGCGACUCACCAGCCACGUCUCUAUUCCAACGUCAACGCUUCGCAUACAAGACGCCAGUAUGAGCUACCCUCAGCCGCAACAAUAUGGUCCUCCCCAGGGUGGACAGUACCCGCCGCCUCAGCAAGGAAUGUACUACCAACAAGGUCCUCCUCCGCCGCCACCACAAGAAGAGAAGAAGAGCAGAGGUUGUUUGACUGCCUGUCUUGCGACAUUGUGCUGCUGCUGGCUUUGCGGCGAGACGUGUGAAUGCUGCUUGGAUUGUCUGGAGUGUUGCGAUUGCUGUUAGGCGUGUUGAACAACAAGUGAGGGCUGUGCGACGGUUUUGUUCGCUGUAUUCUACAUACUGGAUGACACGUAUAUUCAUGCAAGUGUUGGAUUGGGGGGUGUUGAAAUACCAAGGAAGGAGGGACGGAGGCUUUUACAUCAUUGGGGUGAUGAGUAUGCUUGGAGUCUGAUGGUGAUAUUGUUUAGUUUAUACACCAGAUGCGUUUGCUUUGAUUUCUAUGUCUGCAUGAAUAGAUUGUUGGAUAUUUGGAUA